GUCUUCUAUUCCAACGCGGUAAACAACGGUUGCCUACGAGAGAAAUCGAAUGUGAGCAAAUGAAAACAGUUGAUAAACGGGUUUUGUGAGCAGUUAGUUGUUCACCGAAAAGUCAUGCUUGCUCGCACUAAUGUGUUAUCUUUGAACCUUAUCAGAUGAACUGAUUAUGGAGAGGAAGGCCCGGAACUCUAAAGGAGUAAAUGGGCACAUGGAGUUUUCCGAAAAUGACGAGCAAAUGAGUUCAGACGACGAAGAAAGUUCUUCUUCCCAAUAUGGCCUAACACACCCUCUUGCCUUGUCAGGAAGUUUGUACUCCAGAAUACACGAAGAUGUUCUCUUCAGAAUACCAAGCAUUGAUCUUAGCUCGGCAGAGGUUGAUCAAGAUGAAGAUCAUCUGAGUGUGGAUGAAACAGAAUUAGUGGUUCCUCCAAAUAAAGAGGACUCAAAUUGUUGUUUGCAUAUGGUCCCUGAUGUAAAUGGAACACCAGACCUCAAAACCAUAAAAGAAAAUGGGCACUUAAAAGAUGAAUGUGCAGUGACUACCGAAGAGGACUUGGUUACCAAUUCAGUUAGACAGUUACAUGAAAUUAAUUCACAGAUGCCUACUUGCAGAAGCCAGGUUGUUGAAUUAAAUUUCAAAGAAAAAGAUUUUAAAACAUCCAAAAACUGCUCUGAAGUAACUAAUGUUGAUAGUAUUGAAAGGAACACAAUUACGGAUCAUGAGCAAGUCUUGAACAGAAGAAGAAAUAGAGUUAUCAGUUCCAAUGAUUGGUCUACUGAUAACAAUAAUGAAUUAGAUUAUGAAUCCAAUGUAUUGAAAACGAUUCUUGAUGAAAAAAUUAAUGAUGAGAACUUGGACAAGGUCCUUGUGGCAUUGGACAGUGGAUCAAACACGUUUCAAAGAAGAGAAACAGCACUUGCUAGUGGCCCUAUGAUGGUUAAUGAAAGAGCAGGAAAAGAUGAUACAGAAGUACCAUUAAUAGAUAGGCUUUCAUCAUUUGCACUCAACGAGAAGAGUUCAAUUGGUGAAGCCAAUAGCAUGUUGAAGCAUCUUUCUAGUAAUUGUUCAAAUGUCGAGAGGAAUGAGGGUAAAAGAAAUAUCGAAGGUAUCCAAAGAUCAGCAGCUGCCGAACCUGCAAAAAUGACCUCAAGGGGUGUUACCACUCAGAGCAGAGACAUUGAACAAGGCACAACAAUUUUCUUAGACUUAAGAGGCUCGUCAAGUGCUGCAUCACCGAAGGAUUCUCAAGCAGCUGCCGAUGUUCAUGGACAUUUAAAUGAAAGUUCAUCAGGCUCGGAUGAAGAAGACUGGAACCAAAUGAGAAGAAACAUCAAAGCUGGAAUUUUUAAGACAGAUGCUACGAAACAGGAAGGCCAACAGGAUCACAACAGAGAAGGAGGAAAUUUCGAAAGUGUGAUUCACGAUCGACUGUCAAAGCGGACAUAUAAACGGCUAUUGGAUGAGGGGCGUAUCAAGGAAAAUACAGUAUCGACAAGUCGGUUGGAUUCACGUUUUAGCAUGGACGAUGGGGUAACGACUUUACCAGUAUCAAAAAAGGCUGGAAAACCUACAUUUGAUUUAGAACCACUAGAAGAGAAAAUCAAAAGCUGGCAUCAAGUCAGAGACUCUGGUGGAAAUGCCGUUGUUAAUGCUGUAUUGCGGGGUAACGAUAAGCCAGGUUCGAAGAUUGAAACAGAGACUAGCGGAGUUGAGCCACAUGACCAUGUGGACUCAGCAUUUGUUGUUGCAACGAACAGUGCUAAUCCUCAGGAUAUUGCAAAUGCGAAAGAAUCAUCGAAAAGAGGAAACAAUAAGAAUGAGAGUGUAGGGAUAGGACCAGAAAUGCCUCUUCUAGGAAAUUCGCUAGAUGGUUGCAAUAAAAGGGUUACUGUAGAUACAUCAUUGUUGAUGUUGGAGAAGGUAGGAAUAGAGGCUGACAAGCAAGAGAAGAGUCUGCUAAUUGUUAAUGGGGACAACAUCGCGGGUGAUAAGUACUUUGAAAGUAAAGCUUCAGUUGUUUCUAUUAAAGAAAACCCAGAUGACAAAGUUUCUUCCCCUUGUUGUAUAGAGGAAUUGCCAGAUAAGAUAAGAAUAACUGAUAAUCUGAUGGUAAUAAAAGCUGAUAUUUCUGCAAAGUGCAACAGCACUGUUGAUGAAUUUCUGCCCGAAGAUUUGUUGGAAACGCCCACUGAAUACUGCAAUGAACAUAAUGCAAAGAACGCGAUUAGAAUUGAAGCAGAAAAAUGCUGCGAAGCUGAUGCUUCUGCGCAGGCAGAAAAUGAAAGGUCACAUUGUGUUGACAAUGAGAACCCCCCGUCUGGCUUUACUCGGAUUCUCUCUCUUGAGCAAGUGGAAAAGGAUUUGAUAUCUGAUUCCAAAAGUAGCAAAUUCGAAAAGAGGGCAGAUUUUGAGAAUGAGGUUGAAAAAGUACCCGAGAAUUGUGAACUUGAAAUGAAAACAUUUUCUGUGGAAGAAAAUACGAGCGAAAAUGAAGUAAGCUUUUGCCCUGAAGAUAUGAUCGAAUUGAGCAGUACAUUGAAAGGUUUACUUCCGCAGUACAUAGGGAAAAUGCAAAGGACUCCUUUGAGAUAUGCAACAAGUAUGGAUGCCUACCGAGAAAAAAGCUUUGAAGAUGUCACUGGGGAAGAGACACCGAUGAUUACGAGGCAAGACAAUACCACAAAAGUAGUAUCUUCAGACUCAGUGCGAGGUAAAAGUGGGAGUGUCAAGGUGGAAUUACCAGUUAAGGAUGAUAUUGUGGAUAAAGUGAAGGGCGAGUGUCUUACAAGAAAGUCUUUGGAUCCCCCUGAAAACAUUUCUUUAGCCGAACAGGCCACAAAUUCUAAGGGUAAAAAGAAGUCCAAGAAAAAGAGUAAGAAAUGUAAUGAACAAGGUGACGAACGAUACGCAGUUGAAAAUAAGUCUUUAGAUAAAGACAGUUCUUUGCCUGAAAAGACAGGUUAUAGCUCCAAGCAGCUAAAAUCUUCGAAAUCUUUGGAUAGUGAACAGAAGAAUGGUAAAAGACAGUCCAAUGGAUUGAAAGAGAGUGAACGACAGCUAGUCAAAGAGAAGAUCAAGAAUUUGCAAGACGAAUUCGGUAUUUCGAAUGUGAUUUUUAAUGAGGAUGUGUCCUUCAACCUGCCAUUUGAACCCCUGCCCAGCACUUGUAAAGAUGCAGCUAAAUUGUUGCUCAAGGUUUCCAUUGAAACGCCGGGUGUUUGCAGCAAAUCCUGCGCGAAGAACUCUUUGACCUUCGAUGAAAGAUCGGAUGCGUUCAUUGGACUAUGUACACUUUUUAUAUCGCUGCUGCUUGGCAAUAAAUUCAAGGUCGCAGAGACACUUGGUGUACCGUUCGAUGUCAUUUCUCUGGAACAGGCAUCCAUCGAUUCAGAGCUUCAACUAGUAGUGGGUAUUAUCGAGAACGAGGUUUAUAUCCAACCUAAUCAGCAGCUCAAGCGAGGCAAACCGCCAAAAGUAAAGAAGAAUUUCUACCAAGUUGUUUCGCAGUUUUUGAAUAAAGCAGACUUGGAGCAGUUGCUGUCAAGCCUGAUGGGGUUUGAUAUCGCCGAAAGGCCGUACGUUUCCAAUGUCUCUUGUCCAGGCACAAAAAGACUGUCUAGUUAUGUAAGCGUUUCCCAAGACGAUUCUGCCGUAGCAAGAAUAUUUAACUUAAAACCAUCGUUAUUGUGGAAUUGCGUGGAGCAUAAUGAGGAGCCCCUUAACGAUGACAUUUGCUGGAUAACAAAGCAGAGCACACGAAAUGAGAACACUUGUGUUUUAAUUGAAAACGUCACUUCGAUGCUCCCAAAAACAAUUGCGACAUUCUUUAAGACAAUCCGCACCAACAGCCUCGAUGUUUCUGGUCUUAGAAUUGCAUACGUAAAGAAAAAAGAUGACAAAGAGGUCCCAUUUUUGGCAGCAGCACUGCGUGGUCCAAAUGUUACCACUGUCAAUUCUGGUAAGAGCUUUACCUCCAACACAGAGGAGCUUGCCACCAUCAAGUCAGUAUUCAUGCCAAGCGUCGAUUCUUCUCUUACAGAUGGACCACGGGAAGUUAAUGUUUCUUUACCUCACGGAAUGAAGUCCUUCGAAACGUCUGUUGAGGACCCUUUAAUAACGUAUACGAUAGGGCGCGGACGCGGUGAACGGGAAGUGGUUAACUGGUUUGGAAGGAGAAUUCGUCAGGCAGCUGACGUGGACACAAAACCAGGUCAACCGUUGCAAGGGACGAAGUCGCGGCACUCCAGUCUACCAGAAAAGCUUGAUCUGCUUUCACGGGCCGCGGCUAGUGCUAGUCUGUUGUCUGUUGUCUCUGAGCGAGUCGUACUAACAAUUUCGCCACUGGUACCAACAGUGUUUAUAUCCAUAGCUAUGACAUUGGGAGAAUCGCGCGGCCUUCGUGCGCUUGCCGCUGGCAAGGUGUUGUUAAACGAGGACGAUUUCUCAGCCAUGGGCCUAAAACUGGACAAUAGUGAAUCAAAAGUAUCUAGGCUCAAUUUCAGCGUAAUGAUUAUACUUUUCGAAGGGGAGAGUGCGUUGCACAGAGUUUAUGGAUUCAAACAGCAUUUAUUUGAUACUCUCAAUGAAAAGCUGCCGCGUGAUGCUCUGACUAAAGAUGCAUUAACGCAGCGGCUCAACGGAUUUAUCCGUUAUGAGCGUAUAAAGGAAGAGCGUAGUAUAGAUGAAUUUUUCGCUGUUAAACAGGUUAAUAAACGAACUGUAAAAAUCCUAGAUGCUAUGACUACGCCAAAUUUAUCUCAAUUUGGCUGCGAGGUUAUAGGCAGAUUGCCAGCAAAAUGGAACUUCUACUUGUCUCCGGAGAUGCCGCGAAUUUGUACGGUAGUUUUUGUCGGUAAGCCAAUGGUAGAGACAUUCCCGCAAGCUUUGGGUGAGCUGCUCGAGGACUGUGUUGAUGACCCUUUAUGUAUAAAUAAGCGGGCUACGACUGACAAGAUGUAUAGGCAACAGGAGAGACCCAUUGGAGAAGUCAUUGGCCUCAAGUACUUCAAGGGGUUAACCAGACAUUUAGCUCACAUUUGUAGCCCACACGUUAUUGGUGCAAAAAACUGGAAUGAGGUUAUUGCCAAUCUUGAAAUUGGCCCAGUUGUUGUCGUUGUGUUGAGGCUUUUAGACACGAUAAAAUACUUAGAAGAAAAGCGUGACAAAAUUUACCGCAAUACAUCCAAACUUCUGAAUUCAAACAAACUGAAAUGCCCCCCUGAUUCAUAUCACAACACAUUCAUACACACAGGACUUGAUACGGUUUUCCGGGUGCUACUUGACAUGUUCAAUGGCGAGGAACUAAUGCCUGAUGCUUGUCACACGUGGUAUCAGUCAACCCAGUGGCCUGUAUAUUUGCCUAUACAUCAUAAAUUCGUUCACGAGAUUGAUUCAUUACUCGGUAUAUUGACCAACGCGAAUCAACAGGAUGCCUUCAGGGACAGCAAAGAAUCAACAAAAUCAAUGCAACAAAAUAGCUGUGAAAUGAAGAUAAUAUCUCCUACAUCACUUAGCAUUCCAGCAGAGUUGAUUCUGGGAAAACAGUGUGAGCUUUCUUUUAUCAGAUUCGAUACUGAUUGCAACUACGUGAAGUACGUCGCCAAAACACUUGGUAUCCUAAAAAGGGAUACGUUUGAUAUCGUUGGAUUGAACUUCCCUGCUGGUUUUUCUCCAAGCUACGACAAAGUUCCAGAAUUGCAUGUUGCUGUCAGACGACCAAAUUCAGUCUAUCGCUUGAACCAGUGGCUCCCAGAAUUGACCCUCGAGCUGAAGGGCAAGCACACGAUGCAGGUGAGCCGCAGCGCCAAAGAUGCUUUCGAUUCUAUUGUGCGCAGCUUCCAGAAGACAGAAAACGGGGGCAUUUUUGAUGAAAGCCCAUUGGCAGUCGCAGAAAGGCUGACUUUCAAAAAUGAUGCUAUCUUUGAAAAUAAAGAGUACAGAAAGGUGCAUUGGGCUAGUACCAAGUCAACUUCAUCAGACUUCAAACACAGUAAAUUCGAUACCAGCUCUGGCCACAGCUUUGUCAUGCCGGAGGUCAAUGUGAUCAUAAUCACAAAUGUGAUGAUGCGUGGCAGUUUUCUGAAUCAGUUCCUGUCCGAAAAUGUCAAAGCGUUGGGAUUCUGGGAAGAGCUCUCGUCACUUGGUUUUAAGACGAUCGGUGCAAGGAUGACGGCUCUAAACCCCGAGCAGACAAAGCAGCUUUUGCACAAACUGAAGUUGUCUCCAAGGGAGCAUCGUAUUAUGGAAAAACGCUUAUCAUCUUCCAACGGGCCUGUUCUUGUGCUGGCUCUCCUUAAAGAUUUUGCGUUAUCCAAUUUCUGGAGUACAAUAAACAGAAAAUUGACGGAAGAUGAAAUUAAAAUAGUUACAGAAAAUGUGCUGGUACCGACUACCAAAAAACAGGUCGAGGUUCUGCUUGGCUCGAUGUUUGAAACGCUGGCACCGAACUCUGAGGUUGAAAUCAAGAGAAUCAAUUCGGACAGUUAAAAAACAGGAAUUCUUGUGUAAAGCUUUAGUCGUUUAAAUUGCUUUGUUGAAAGCGUUCAUAGUGGGUUCUAGGGUUUAACGCAGCUUGUCUGCAAGAAUCGAUUUUGAGAGUUGAUUAAAGAGAAUUUUUUAUCAUAAAUGGCUUUUUUACGCAGCGUGUUAAAAGCUCGCUUGCUUUUGCAUGGUUGUAGGUCAUGCAGAAUUUGGCAUGGUUUGAAACAGCUGUUUCCGUAAGAUCCGAAUAUUCCACGUUUCUUCUGCGAAUCAUUGGGUUUCUGCGCGUUUACGUUACUGUUAAGCUAAUUAUGAACCCUGCGAUCACAUUUGCGAACAGUUUCGAUUCUUCCAAUAGCUUCUAGCUCAUUAUGCUGUCUAAAUCGCUGGCUGAUAGUAAAAUAACUGACAAAUUCAGUAAAAGGAUUUUAUCUCCUCGUACAAAUAGAUAAUCUUCCAAAGCUUACUGUUUAUUUAUUAUGGAUUUGAUAUUUUAUCACAGUUUUUAUCAAUCAGGAGGCGACGUUUUCUGCCAAACUUCCAUUUUUUCAGUAAGCUAGAAAUGAAUGUGAUAUGAGUUGCAUCUUCUCAAAAUUAGCCGUCAUUUCUAAACUACAUAACAACUGCUUCAGCUUGUUUCAUAUAAAACAAUAACUUUCCGAAAAUAGUUUGACUUACCUCCUUUGUCUGACUUACACCCAGAGCCGCGAUAAAAACAGAGUGCAAGUUCACAUGUUGUUGUUUGGCUAGCAUGCGCAAAAUUUGUUUAUGUUUGCCGAGCUAGAUUUCUAGGGCAUGUCGAAUUUUGAUGCUGACAUCAUAUAUCCCAUUGAUUAUGUUAGUACCUCGCAUUUUAUGUAAUGAGGGGAUGUUAGAUGAAUAAUGUUCGGUGAAAAUGA